UCGCGCGCCCCCCUCUAUUGUCCUGCGCUCCGCCCUCCGCGCGUUGCGAUGCAGCCGAUUGGCCCAAGGUGUCCGAGUGAAAAAGGUGCAAAUGAACCCAGAUGAGGCCUUCGCGGGGCCAUUGUCAUGUGAUUAUGGAGUGAGGAAACAUUAAUGAAGCCACUCCGGGGGUGAGCGCGACUCGCGAACGUCAGAGACGCGGAGAGGCGGACGCGCCCCGCGCUUCCUACGAGGCACCCAGCUCUGUCUAGAGGAUCGCGUCAAGAGUCCAGGCAGUCUAUGCAGUCCAUACAGCGCAGUCUCGAGGUUCUGGUCUAUACUGUCCAGAGCAGAGAACUGAGUCCACAGAGGCGAUCCAAAACAUCGUGAGAGGAAGCGACAUCGAGUCCCCGCCGUGUUCCGCGUCGUCUCCCUCUGUCGCCGCCGUUCGCACCGUAGAGGAACUUUCACUCGAAUCCCGAGAGAGCGGGAGAGAGAGAGGGGGGAGAAGCGGAGUAGAGGGGAGGGAGCGGGGGAACGCACGGCUCUCGGCUGCGCGGAGAGCGGCGACUCUCCUCCCGAGCGCAAGGCGAAACUUCGACGCGCGCGGGGCCGCGUCCCGGCGCGCCCAGAAGAUGCCGAGGCCCGGGCGGAACACGUACAGCGACCAGAAGCCCCCAUACUCGUACAUCUCGCUCACGGCCAUGGCCAUCCAGAGCUCGGCAGAGAAGAUGCUGCCGCUCAGCGAGAUCUACAAAUUCAUCAUGGAGCGCUUCCCCUACUAUCGCGAAAACACGCAGCGCUGGCAGAACUCUCUGCGCCACAACCUCUCCUUCAACGACUGCUUCAUCAAGAUACCCCGGCGACCCGACCAGCCCGGCAAGGGCAGCUUCUGGGCCCUGCACCCGGCGUGCGGGGACAUGUUCGAGAACGGCAGCUUCCUGCGACGGCGCAAGCGCUUCAAGGUUCUGCUGCACUCGGCCGGCAAGGAACCCGCGCCCUCACCAUACUUCCAGCACCACGCUCACCACGCGCACCACGCUCACCACGCGCACCACCAGCAGCAGCAACAACAGCAGCAGCAGCAACAGCACGCGGCCAAGCUGCGUCUGUCCCUGGCGGCCAGCGGGGCCCACCUGCCGCAGUUCACCACCGCCGCGUACGGUAUGGGGCUGCCACCCGCUUCCAGCUUCAAGCAUCCGUUCGCUAUCGAGAACAUCAUUGCGCGGGAUUACAAGGCGAUGAUGGCGGCGGGCGGCCUCGCGCUCUCCGCGGCUGUGCAGCCCGUGCCCACCAGCUACCCUGUGGCGGCCGGGCUGGCCCCCGUGGUGAGCUCGCUGGCCCCGGGGUGGCCGCACAUGUACGCCACGGGGGUUCUGCACGACGCGGCGACCGCGGGCCCUGUGGCCGUGCCGGGCCUGCGAACCAGCGACUACGGCGCCUACGGAGUCCCCAUCACGCCCCUGGUGUGCGGACACGCGGCGCAGGGCCUCCCCGCGGUGCCCGUGCCCAUCAAGCCCGCGCUUCCGCCGCCUCUCCCGGCUCCCGUGGCCGCCUCGCUCCUCCUCGCCGGGGCCUCCCCGCGGCCCUCCGGGCCGGGUUCCCCGACCUCUCCCGCCGCCGCGCACAGGAGCCCCUCGCCCGGCGGGCACCUCCCGUCGUGUCCCCCCCCGGGUGCCCUGCGGUCCGUGUCGGUGCACUGAAGGAGCGAGACGGGGACACGCGGAUACGAGACACGGGGACACGAGAGACGGGGACACGCGAACUCUCGCCUCGCCCCAACACACGCGGGUUUGGAGUGCGGGUUCAUGAAGCGUCAACACCACCAUCACCACAACCACCACCAUCCUCAUCAUCACUACUCUCAUCAGACACCAUUGUAAUUGUUAUUAUUUCUCCGUCUGACUGUAGCGAUAUUUGGCCGGCAAACCGUUUCGCAAAAGAUGCUAGGGCGACGCGAGGUGUACGAUCUGAGCUGAUGUAAAAUAUGAUACAUGACAUGCGAGGUGUCAGGUGAGAGGCUUUGAGACGUGAGAUGGGAGCUUUAAGGUGUGAGGUCUAGGAUGCGAGGUGUAAGACGUAAGUUGUUUAAUGUAAAAUGUGAGCUGUAUGGCUGUGAGAUGAAGAGAAGUAAUAUGUCGGGCUGUAAGAUAUAAGGUGUGAGAUUUACAAUGUGAGAUGCGACUUAUGAGAUGUGAAUUGUAAGAGGUCAAAUGUUUGGUGUAAAUCUUAUCUGAAGUAUGCUAGUUGUACAAUGUGAGAUUGAGAUGUAGGAGAUUCAACCAGACGCACUUUUUUCGUGAGUCCCACUUCCUCUUCGUGAGGUCUCGACUGCUGUAAAUAAAGGUGUAACGUGUACAGGACGUGACGAGGUGUGUGCAUUGCACGUGUGUGGUGUACAGGACGUGACGAGGUGUGUGC